AUCUAUUUCUCACUUUGCUCCUUAUUUUUGUCAUUCGCAUUCUGUUUCUUUAUUGUAUUCUCAACUUAUAACUUUCAGUCUCCAUUAACUAUGGCUGAUGCACUACUGUCACUAGCUACUGAUCUCUUGAAGCAGUUGGGUACAAUCGCUGUUCAGCAGGCUCAACAAGAGAUAAACUUGAUUGUUGGCGUUGACGAAGAAAUCGAAAAGCUUUCUAACAGUUUCAAAAUCGUCCAGGCGUUGCUUAAUGAUGCUGAGGAGAGACAGUUGACGGAAGCAGCUGUGAAGCUUUGGUUAGAUCAGCUCAGAGACGUGUACUACAUGAUGGAUGACGUGUUGGACGAGUGGAACACUGCAAGGAUCAAAUCAGAAACUCAAAAGGAAGAAGAAAGAGCUGUGAUUAAUAACAAUCCUGCUGCCCUGAAGAAGAAGAAGGUACCAUGCUCAUUCUUCCCCUCUCUGUCAUGUUGUUUUCGUCAAGUAGAUAACCUUUCUCUGCGUCGUGAGAUUGGUCACAAAGUAGAAAACCUGAAACAAACAUUAGAUAACAUUCUAAAAGACAAAGUGACGUAUGGGUUUGACUUGACUAGGCAUUCACAUGUAGAAGUUGAGCGACCAACAACCACGUCGUUUGUGGAUGUGUCCGAUAUAAUUGGUCGUGAUAACUAUAGGGAUGAGCUGUUGAGCAACCUGUUAGGCGUGGGUAGUCAGGAAGAAAGAAAUCCUCGUGUCAUCUCCUUAGUGGGCAUGGGCGGUAUAGGAAAAUCCACUCUUGCCCAACUAGCCUACAAUCAUUCUAAGAUACAAGCCCAUUUUGAAGUAAAAAUAUGGAUUUGUGUCUCUGAUCCAUUUGAUCAGUGCAAGGUUGCCAAAGCAAUCAUUCAGGAGAUUGACCCUAAACACGAAUCCCUCAAUAAAGUUACUGAAUUUCAAACUCUAUUACGUGAAAUAAAUGAUUUAAUUGGGGAGAAGAGAUUCUUUCUUGUCCUAGAUGACGUGUGGACUGAUGACUUCACAAAGUGGGAGUCAUUUAGAAAGGUACUCAAAUGUGGUGCCCAAGGUAGUAGAAUUCUAGUCACCACACGAAAAAACAGAGUUGCAGAGAUGAUGGAGAGUUCCCACACGAUCAAUUUGGGGGUAUUGUCACUCGAUGACUGUUGGUUGAUGUUUAGUAAAAUAGCAUUUUCUAACAAAGAUAUACAUCAACGUAUGGAUCUAGAAGAGUUAGGCAAAAAACUAGCAAAUAAGUGCAAAGGCUUGCCACUAGCUGCAAAGACUCUCGGUAUUCACAUGCGUGGCAAGAGAAGUAAAGAAGAGUGGGAGAGGGUUUUGCACAAUAAUUUGUGGGAAGUAGAAGAUAUUGAAAAAGGUCUUUUGGGACCAUUGUUGUUGAGUUAUAAUGAAUUGUCCUUGUCAGAGAAACAAUGUUUCUUAUGUUGUGUUGUCUUUGAGAAAGAUCAUGAAUUCGAUAGACUCGAGUUAAUCGUCCAUUGGAUGGCACAAGGAUAUAUUAACUCAAAAGGAAACAUGGAGAUGGAAGAAAUAGCAGAAGAGUACUUUCAAAAAUUAGCCAUGUGUUCUUUUUUCCAAGAUUUUAAGAAAGAUGAGAAUGAUGGUAGAAUUGAAAGUUGCAAAAUGCAUGAUAUUGUGCAUGACUUUGCACAGUCAAUGACAAAAGAUGUAUGCUUGACAAGCAAAGGUGAUGAAGAGGUUAAUAUAAACUUUAAAAGGGCUCGACAGUUGUCAUUAGAAGUUAAAGAAAUAUUUCCCGAGUCUAUUUAUGAAGCGAAAAAUCUACGAUUUCUCAAAUUAGAUUUGAUGUCUUCUGAAAUUGUCCAACCCAAGUUAUUUGACAAUUUGACAUGUCUACGUACACUACAUUUGGAAGGUCGAUCCAUUCUAGAACUUCCAAAUGAGGUGGAAAAAUUGACUCAUUUAAGAUUACUCAAGUUAUCUUGUCAAGAGAUAGAAGAAUUGCCUGAAAGUAUAUGUAAUUUAUGUAAUUUACAAAGUUUGGAUGUUAGUUGGUGCUGGGCACUAGAGAAAUUACCUCAGGGGAUAGGUAAACUAAUUAAUUUAAGACACCUCCUCCUGGAGGAUGAAGCUUUGGCAGAAUUUAGAAUAAAAUCGUUUCCGAAGGGAAUUGGGAGAUUAACUUGUCUUAAAACAUUAACAUACUUUCCUGUAGGUGGUAAGGGCGAAGAAAUAUGUAAAUCAGGAGAAUUAGAACAUUUGAACCACAUUCAAGGGAAACUUCAAAUAGUAGGGUUGAGUAAUGUGGUAGAUUUUGGUGCGAUCGAGAAUACAUUGAAGAAGAAGAAAGACCUCCGUGAUUUGGUGCUACGUUUUAACACAUUAGGGGUACAUCUAGUAGUUUACGCAUUAAAGCAAGAGGAAGAGACAGAGGAAGAAAGAAGAGGAAGAAAAAUGGAGAAAGAUGUAGCCAUUCUAAAUGCCUUAGAGCCACCUCCCCGCUUGGAAAAUUUAGCAAUUGGUUUUUCCUAUAAAGGCACCACAAUGUGUCCUAAUUGGAUGAUGUCCAAAUUGACCUAUUUGAAAACACUCGCUCUCGGACAUUGCCCAAACCUAGAGCAGUUGCCUCCUUUGGGGAAGCUGCCGUUGCUCGAAGUAUUACUAAUAAGUGAAGCUCCAAUGAUUCGAAAGGCUAAAGGCUCUGCCAGACUACCUGCAUAA